AUGAUUGCAGGAAAGGAAACAGUCAGAAUCAACGUGCCAUCGGUGAGUGCAUGUGCCGAAUACUGUGGAAAAAAAAGUUUCUGUCGGACGGCUAUCUUCAAUUCAUACAGGAAAACGUGUGCAAUUUCUUACGAGUACACUCUCAACUGCAGGUAUAACAAGAAUCGAUACACCGACUUCGAUCUACGUCAUAGCUCCAGCCAUUUGAUUCAAAUUGCAUGUGUGACAAAAUGUGGUGGAGAUCAUGCCCCUUCUAGUAAGUUUAUACAAAGUUCCCUCAACGUUUUCGGGGUCAAUGAACUCGAUAUGGGGUCCGCCCUCGGCAUGCGGUCCAUUUCAUUCUCAUACAACCUCAAUCAAUAA